AUUUCCUUCCUCUUAAGCUCCAGCAUCCGCAUCCGAAUAGACAUUAAUUCGGAGAAUUUGAGUGGCGGGUGAGCGAAUUUUCCCAAGCGGGGAGCUACGCACGAAAAGGUGUGCUAUUGUACAGAUUUUCUUAUCGCUUCCCGGGAGAAACAGUUCGUGUUCAAAGCUGGAUAAUGAAUCGCAAUAGAGUGUUCCCGCUGGUCCUCCUAGUGUUCUGUGGCUGCUAUGCGCUGCUGUGGUCGCAGGUGGCGCACGCAGGCGCGACAACCAGCUCCUUGUCCGGUAUUUACGUUGAUAACGGCAUCGGGCAAACGGUGCUGGAGGACACGCUGACGAUCGACGAGCAGCAGGAGAUCGAGAAUGAAAUCCUGAACCUGUUAGGACUGCCCGGACCACGGCCGGCCGUGCGUCAUCUGCACUCUUCGGUCGGCAAAUCUGCGCCUCAAUUUUUGCUCAAUGUGUAUGAUCAGCUGCAGCAGAAUGUGGAGGAAGAGGAGGAGAAAGGGAACGGUGGGACGGGUGGCUAUGCACGAUCGCGCAAGGUACGCAGCAUCUCCUCCAACAGCGACAUUCUGAUUACCGAGGCCGAUCGUAAGGCGAUCGAUGAAAGCGACAUCAUCAUGACCUUUCUGAACAAGAAUCAUCAUGGCAGUGAGGUACGUCACGAGAAGGGCCGCCGCCUGUGGUUCGGUGUGGCCAACAUCGAAAACGACGUGAGCGUACUGAUGGCCGAGCUCCGGCUGUACCGAAAGCUCAAUCUCAACAAGUACCGCACGCACAACUCCUCCCUUACGCUCACGGUAUACGCGGUUACUGAAUUGGAUGGCGAAAGCGAGAUGACGGAAAUCUCCAAUAUCAAGCUGACGGGUGAUUACGAGGGCUGGCUAGAGAUUAAUGUGACCAGUGCGGUUGACUUAUGGCUGCGGAAUCGCGAAGCCAAUCACGGUUUAUACGUUGGCGCUUUUUUCGGUGACCGUGAAGAACGUGAGAUCAAGCUGGACGAUGUGGGUUUUGUGAAUGUACGUGGCAGCGACGAAUAUCAACCGUUCCUGGUGGUGUACGCUAACAGCCAGCAGAUGAUCAAACCGAUGAUCGUGCAGCGUCAUUUGACGCGCACCAAACGCAGCUCGGUGCAGCGCCGGCGUAAAGGCAAAUCCGACCCGCGGAAUCCACUGUAUUCGUACACCUCGUCAUACGACCACCAUAAAAGCUGCCGCAUCCAGCAGCUGUACGUUAGCUUCAAGGAUCUGCAGUGGCACGAAUGGAUUAUUGCACCGGAAGGAUAUGGGGCGUACUACUGCAGCGGUGAGUGCAACUUCCCACUGAAUGCACACAUGAAUGCGACGAACCAUGCGAUCGUCCAGACGCUCGUACAUUUGAAUCAUCCCACGAAGGUUCCUAAACCGUGCUGCGCACCAACGAAGCUGAUUCCCAUAUCGGUGCUUUACCAUAUCGAUGAGCAGAACGUGAAUCUUAAAAAGUAUAAAAACAUGGUGGUUAAAAGCUGCGGGUGCCAUUGAACGGUUGAGCGAAGAACCACAAACACGCGCAGCUAUGGGUGUUUCCUUGCGGCUCGCUUUGGAAGACCUGUUCGAAUUAGUGGCAUUUAGGAGCGCACGCGUGUUUCUCUGCUCUCGCGAAAUAUGAUAAUGAAUGUAAUGUGUUUUUGUGUGUACGCACUCUGGCGUAUGUGUAAAUGUAUGUAUGUGUCCCAGCAAAAAUAAGCUUCCCCGUCCCGCAAAAUCUACGGCCAUGCCGCGUUGUCAUGAAAGAGGAUAGGAUAUGCCAUUGAGUUUUCUCUCAAAUUGAUAUUUGCAUCUAUAUUAUCGACGGAAGCACAAAUCGCUCUGUGUUAGUUAAAGACUUAUUCUUCCAUUUUCAAAUCAAACCAUCUCCAUUAGAAGCUUACGGCGCCAAUGGCCAGCAGACGAGUUGCAAUAGCAGCCGACCGAACAAACACAAGAACUUGUAUUAUUGCUAGUGCAUUAUUUGGUUUGGUUUCAUUGUAAAUCGACUUGACGGAGGUCGACUUAUUCGAUUGCAGCAAUUAUUGUGAAUGUACUCGAGAAUUGGAAAAAUAAUAAUAAAUCUAUCCACUCUAAACUCUGAA